AUGAGACCGAUUCUCCCAGCUCCCACCAGCCGUAGCCAUCAGCGUCGCCGGCCCGACCUGAGUCUCCCUCUACCUCAGCGUGAUUCAUCCUUAGCCGUUCCGCUCCCACUUCCCCCAGCCUGCUCCUCCUCCUCCUCGGCCCCCCCAAGCUCUUCGACGACGACGUCCUCCAACCAACAACUGAUCAGGACCAGCCCCAUGGCUAUUUCGGAGCUGGAGCGACUCAAUCGCAUAGGUAGUGGCAGCGGCGGCACCGUCUACAAGGCCAUUCACCGUCCCACGGAAACAGCUUACGCGCUCAAGGUGAUCUACGGGAAUCACGAAGAGUCUGUCCGGCGGCAGAUCUGCAGGGAAAUCGAGAUCCUCCGCGACGUGGAUUACCAAAAUGUGGUCAAAUGCUACGACAUGUUUGACCACGCGGGAGAGAUUCAGGUCCUUCUGGAGUUCAUGGACGGGGGAUCUCUCGAAGGUCUCCAUCUUCGCGAAGAGAAAGCUCUAGGGGACGUGGCCAAACAAAUCCUUUGCGGUCUGAGCUAUCUCCAUAGCCGCAAAAUCGUGCACAGGGACAUCAAACCCUCCAAUUUGUUGAUAAAUUCGAAGAAAGAGGUAAAGAUAGCCGAUUUUGGGGUGUCUAGAAUCCUGGCGCAGACGAUGGAUCCUUGCAACUCCUCGGUGGGUACGAUUGCUUACAUGAGUCCGGAGAGAAUAAACACCGACCUAAAUCAGGGGAGGUACGACGGAUACGCGGGGGACAUUUGGAGCUUGGGAGUUAGCAUUCUUGAAUUCUACAUAGGACGAUACCCGUUUACUGUGUCCAGGCAGGGAGAUUGGGCAAGCUUAAUGUGCGCUAUCUGCAUGUCGCAGCCUCCCGAGGCCCCGCCGACCGCAUCCAGGGAGUUCCGGGACUUCAUAAGCUGCUGCCUGCAGAGGGACCCGGCCAAGAGGUGGUCCGCAGCCCAGUUGUUAAGGCAUCCAUUCAUCUCCUCUACCUAG